AUGGAGGUAGCUCAUGAAGAGAUUAGCGCCAUGUCGGAAAAAGAGAAGGUACAGCGGCUACAGUGGAACCUAAAUCCGCUAACUGCUGUUACUGGUGCUACGGAGACGCCUAAGCCGAUCCAACAGCAUUCAAAAUCUUCUCUUCAUAUGAUGCUUUCAGAUCUAGUGCAUGGACAAUGGAAGCGGCACUUUCAGAACGAACAGGUCAGAAUAACAAACUUAUUGUUACAGAUUGGGAUUGUGAGAAUAAUAUUGAAUUUCUUUCAGAAUUUACUGUUAAAUAUUCUACAAAUGGGACCACUUCCGCAGCAUGUAUCUUUUAUUAUGGAUGGUAAUCGGCGCUACGCCAGGUCAUUGAAUUUACCGCUCAAGCGCGCUCAUGAAGAAGGAAGCUUAACAUUGUUCAGAACGCUUCAUAUAUGUAAGAGGGUUGGAAUAGACGUUGCCAGUGCAUAUGCAUUUUCUAUUGAAAACUUCAAUAGACCACAGGAAGAAAUCGAUACGCUUACAGAUAUGUUAAGUAAACGACUACAGGAAUUAGCAAACCGGGCCAAUACCUUAAAUGAUAGACUAUAUGGCGCUAAACUAUUUGUUGUGGGAGAUAGAUCUCUAUUAUCCGAAGAGUUAAACAAUAAGAUAAACUACGUGGAAUCGAUGACGAAACACAAUACCGCAUUUAUUGUUUACAUUUGUUUGCCAUAUACAACGAGAAAUGACAUCUACCAUUCUAUGUACGAAGUAGUCAAGUUGUGCAAAGAUGGGGUAGUAAAUAGCAAGGACAUUACCGUCGAACUCUUGAACAGCGCGAUGUAUUUAGGGCCCAGUUCCAAUAAAGCAGACAUACUAGUAAGAACCAGUGGGCAUACCAGGUUGUCAGAUUAUAUGUUAUGGCAGACACAUGAGAAUUCAGUUAUAGAAUUUUCGAAGUGCAUGUGGCCUGAUUUCACUUUCCAGACCUUCUAUCUAGUGUUGUUGAAAUGGAGCUACUUCACUACGUUACAAAGAGCCCGGAAAAGAGAGAGAUUAAGAAGUCGUGUCGGUGCAUUUGCUAAAUUUUAUCUUGCAGAUAAAACCGUCCCUGCAGUUUCUCUCGAGUCGCUUCCAAACCCUCCAGCGGCUAUCUCAGUGACAGGAAAAUAG